AUGUUAGGAAUAUCCUGUAAAAAUUAUAGCAUCUAUUUUUUAGUAUUAAUUUAAUUGACAGAAUACAAAAAAACUAUUUUUAAGGAAUCAAAAUUACCUGAUUUCCCAAAAAUCAAGAAAUUAGGUUUACGAAAUUGCAAGACUUCAUAUAUUGUAGAAAUUUAAUAUUAGUGUAUUUAUAAUUUAUAACCUAAAAGUUUGAAAACCCCAUCAGUAAAGUCUCAUUCAGCACUUUAACCAGUCUCUGGUACAUUGUAUAGUAAUAUUCUUUAAAGAUAGCCAAAAAGUUUAAGUGAGGGCUUAAAUAGGAUUUGGAGAUAUUAAAAGAGCCAAAUAAUAUGUUGCUGUUGGAAUCUUGAUUUCAGUAUUAAUAUGUGCUUUAUGUGGGUAUUUUAAUAUGGAUUUAUUGAUUAUUUACAGCAGAAAGAGGAAAGGAUUAAUAAGCAGAUAAAACAAAAGAAGUAUUGAAACCAUUCCUUGGGUUUUUUUAAUUGUAGAUGGAUUUUAAGGAACUUUAAGUGGAGCAUUAAAAGAAAUGUUAAGUAGAUUUAGUUUAGGUAUGAGAUUAUAACUAUUUUAGUAUUAAAACAUAUUUGCAUAUUUAUAUUGUUAUGUUCCUAUUGA